AUGUCCGGAACCGAUGCAGUUCAUGCAUCUGCGCAGCUGCACGACUACACGCACCUAAAGCAGCUCUCCGACGAACAAAAGGCCGAGCUUGCCAAGUUGGAGCAGGCAGAGCCCUGCGCGGGCAACUUCGCUGAAGGUUAUCGCGUCCUGGAGAAUCAGCCGAGCGCAAAGCUGCUAAGUGGUUAUACCAUUCCGCUGGUGGGCCUCGGAACCUGGAAGAGCGCCAAGGGGGAGGUGGGGGCGGCGGUUGCUACAGCUCUACGUCUAGGCUACCGGCACAUUGACUGUGCCAAGGUCUACGAGAACGAGCACGAGGCAAGGAAAAAAGGGGAGGGAAGGGAAGGUAGCGGCUGGAGUGCUGCUGAGGGAGGUGCGCCGCAGGUGGGGGAGGCGCUUGCGGCGGUGCUGUCGGAGGGUGUUGUACGGCGCGACGAGGUGUUCAUCACGUCCAAGCUGUGGAAUUCAGAUCACUACCCUAGCCGGGUGGAGGCGGCGUGCAGGAAGUCCAUGGAGGAUCUCCGGGUCAGCUAUCUGGACCUGUACUUGAUGCACUGGCCGGUCACGGGCAACACGGGGCCGCGGGUGGUGCCCCCCCUGGAGGAUACCUGGGCAGCCAUGGAGCAACUGGUCGACAAAGGCCUGGUUCGGACCAUCGGAGUGUCCAACUUUUCCGUCAAGAAGCUCGAGGGAAUAAUGGCCAUCGCGCGGAUUAAACCCGCCGUCGUACAGGUCGAGGCUCACCCCUACUGGCGCAAUGAGGCCCUCCUGUCCUGGUGCCGGCAGCGGGGUAUCCACCUCACCGCCUACUCGCCGCUGGGCUCCCCCGACAGUGCGGCCAUCACCAAGAGGGGGGAGGGCGUGGCGUCGCCCCUGAAAGACGCCGUGGUCGGGGAGGUGGCAGACAAACUGGCCAAGAACGCGGGACAG